AUGGACGCCCAAGUCUCCCUCCUGAAAGGCUCCUACAACCUCAUCUACUUCCCCCACGAACUCUACUCCUUCCUCGUCCAACCCAUCAUCCGCACCCUCAUCCCGCAGACGCAGGACCUCAACAUCUCCGACCACGCGCCCGAGCACGAGCUCGACGGCCUGACACCCGACCAGCAGCACCGCUUCCUCAACAUCUCCAUCACGCCCAUCGAGGUCUCCCUCGUCGUGCACGCCUCAUGGGCCGCCAACGUCUUCCUCCCCGUCGUCGAGCGCCUGCCCGCGCACCUCCGCACCCAGGUGCACAUCUCGGCCGACACCUACAUGAUCCUGUGCGUCAUCGCCGCCAGCCUCGACCCGGCCGGCCGCGUCAUGGAGCUCUCGUCGCCGCUCGCCCUCGCCGGCAUCCCCAUCUUCUUCCUCACCACCUACUACUCGGACUUUAUCCUCGCGCCCACCCACGAGCGCCCGCGCGUCAUCGACGCCCUCUCCGCCCGCGGCUUCGACUGCCUCGAGGACAACCGCUUCUUCAACCAGGCCUCGUACAAGCACGGCCACCACGUCCGCUUCUCCGCCCCCGACACCCCGCCCGCCAGCAUCGCCGAGCUCCAGCGCAAGACGUUUGAGCUGCUCAAGAAGCGCAACGUCGCCCCCUUUGUCGACACCCACCUCGAGCUGCUCCUCGCCGGCGGCCGCGACGUCUCCCAGCUGCCAGGCGGCUACAACUGCUACCCGUCGCCCAACCGCCGCAAGAGCUCGCUGCCCGAGGCCCGCCGCGCGACGACGUGGGCCGACGGCGUCGACCCGCGCCUCUUCAACUGCAUCGUGUCGGCGCUCGUCUCGCAGCCCAAGUUCCUGUCGGUGACGCUGGCCGAGGAGGACCCGCCCUCGGUGCUCAUGGACAAGAAGCUGCUGUCGCUCUUUGGCGACUCCGUGGUGGGCGACUUCAACACGACGCUGGUUCCCAUCUUUUUGAACCUGGAGAACCUGCCGUCCGAGGUGACGGGCAUCGUGUCGGGCGUCGCCGGCAAGCUGGUGCAGGAGAUGAAGGUCCGCAACAUGCUGGAAAUGUCGUACCUGUCGACGGCGAGGGCCAGUGCUGUCGUGCUGCCCCAGGAGCAAGCGGAGCGCGCGCUGUCGAUUCUGGAUAACUGCAUGGAAAUGGCCGAGCUCGUCUCAUGA